AUGGCGUCAAACGUCUCGGUGCAGGACUUUUACAAAGGCAGGAAUGUCUUGAUCACCGGAGGCACUGGUUUCAUGGGCAAAGUGCUCAUAGAAAAGCUUCUUUAUUCCGUGCCUGACAUCGGCAAAGUGUACGUGCUCAUGAGGCCCAAGAGAGGCAAGUCCGUGGCACAAAGGCUGGAGGACAUCCAACGCUUGGCGCUCUUCGACCGCAUCAGAAAUGAACGCCCUAGUGCCUUGAAGAAACUGAAACCAAUCCAAGGCGACGUCCUGUUCGAAGAAUUCGGAUUGUCGAACAUUGAUAUCGAAAAUCUUUCAACAGAAAUAUCGGUCAUAUUCCACUUCGCAGCCACCCUUCGCUUAGAAGCACCUCUGAAGGACAACAUUAAUAUGAAUACGACGGGCACCCUUCGAGCUGUAAGAGUCGCUAAAAGGAUGAAGAAUCUAGCCAUAUUCGUGCAUCUUUCUACUGCCUUCUGUUAUCCCGAUUACGAUGUUUUGGGGGAAAAGAUUUACGCGCCUCCUGCGAAACCCGAAGAUGUGAUGCGACUAGUUGAAUGGCUGGACGACAAGCAGCUGGCCGUACUGACUCCAUUACUGCUAGGCCCACAUCCCAACUGCUACACUUAUUCCAAGCGGCUUGCAGAGACCGUCGUGGCUGAAGCUUACGACGAAAUUCGUGCAGUCAUUGCCAGACCUAGCAUCGUGUGCCCCUCAUUUAAGGAGCCUGUUCCUGGCUGGGUUGACAACCUCAACGGGCCAAUAGGGCUCAUGUUGGCUGCAGGUAAAGGCGUCAUUCGCACUAUGCUCGUGGAUGGUUCCCUUCCCGCCCAAGUUAUUCCCGUGGACACUGCUAUCAACGCCAUCAUUGCUAUUAGCGCUAUUGAAGGCACUAGGAAAGAUAAGUCUGAAGUAAUUCCCAUUUACAACGUGAACGCCGGUCACCAGAAAAUGACGUCCUGGGGAGAAGUUCUGGAGUUCGCCAAACAAUAUGCUCGCAAAAACCCUUUUUCUUGGCCACUGUGGUACCCUAACGGUGGUAUAACCACUAAUCACACGGUCCACGAAAUGCGCCGCAUAUUCUACCACCUGCUGCCAGCAUACUUUAUUGAUCUUUUACUUCUGCUUACCGGACAAAAGCGAUUUAUGGUGAGCAUACAAGACAGAAUCAGCCAAGGCCUAGAAGUGUUGCAGUACUUCACCUUGCGCGCUUGGAGCUUCCCCUGUCCAAAUUACGAUUCAAUUCCCGAAAAAUUGAACGAAAAGGAGCGAGAAAUGUUCCAGACGGAUGUAGGGACAGAAGACCGCGAUAAUUACAUUAGGCAGUGCGUAGAGGGAGGCCGUGUUUACUGUUUCAAGGAAGAUCCCACCAAGAUUCCUCUGAACAGGAUUUACCACAACUUCUUGUACUGCCUGGACUGGAUCGUGAAAAUCUUCUUCUGGCUCUUUAUCAUGUCGCUACUAGCCUCGUGGUUCGAACCCGUCAAGAUUAUAUUCACUUACGGAGAGCCCGUUGUAAAACACUUGCCAUUCCUUGGCCCCGCGGUAUUCAACCACCAACAAGAAUAAAUCGACAGCAGGAUUUAGACAAAUGGCAGUAGACGUCCCUAUUCUUACAAAUAUAAGCUUGUCGAAUAGAAUUUGCGUAAGUAAAUACUAAGACUUGAUGAAAAUAAGACAGUUAGCUGGCGAAAAAAAUGUUAAUAUCGUUCACUGGAAAUGUUACUUGCAAUAUCGAUGAUACCUAUAACGGAUAUAUCAAUAUGAAAGGUCUCUCUAACCACGGUAUGACUACUUAUUUUUUCCCUCAUAUUUCGGAACGACGACGCGCGCUCCACGGUUAUGAAGUUUUAAAUUUUGAAUUUUCGACCCGUAUCGAAAUACCGGGAAAACAAUAAGUAAUAUCAUGGUAAGAAACCUUAAUUAUAGUCAUAAUCAUUUAGUGAAUAAUCACGGGUCUUCUAAUGUAAAUCUAUAAUGAUAUAUUAAGUAAAUGCAUUUGCGGAUACUUAAGAGGGAGCAU